UUUGGGGCGCGGGAUGGUCUGGGGGCGGGGAGACAUCCUCUUUCCCUCCGCCUUGCACCCCUGGGACAUGCAACCAAUUGCUGAUCUUCCCUGCUGGGAUUAGCACGGGGCGGGGGGAGCGGACAGGGGUGCAGUUUGAUUCUCCCUUCCCUUUCUCGGGGCUGCAGGAUAUUUCCUUGCAAGAAGUCGUCGGAUUCAGGAAAAGGACAAAGGCUGUCGCUUUUGCGGGCGAUCGGCAAAGGAGCUGCCUGUUUCACUAGACGCUUUCCCUUGGAUGAGAAGUCUAAGGAUGGAACAGCCAUGGUGGAAAGGAGACCUUGCAGCUGACAUACAUCAGACACUAAGACUGAAGGAGCUGAAACUGCCGGUCUACAAGGCCCAUUCUCCACAAAUUGAAAGACGGCGCUAUUUUGCUCACCUCCUUACCGUCCUCAGCAACCAUUGCCAACUUUGUCCCACAGCUCGGCACCUUGCUGUCUACUUGCUGGACAUUUUUAUGGAUCGCUAUGAUGUUACUGUGAAGCAGUUAUAUGUCGUUUCAAUUGCAUGUCUUCUCCUUGCAAGCAAAUUUGAAGAGAAGGAGGAUAAAGUACCCAAACUAGAACUGCUGAACAACUUUGCUUACAUGUGCAGCCUUAAUCUAACACUUACGAAAAAAGACCUGCUGAAGAUGGAGCUGUUGCUCCUGGAGAGCUUCAAUUGGAAUCUGUGUCUGCCAACCCCAGCACACUACAUUGACUAUUACCUCUUCGCUUCUGUCAGUGAGGGUGACCUCCACAAAGGCUGGCCCAUCACGUCUGUCACCAAGUUCAGAACCAUCAUGGAGAAAUACUCUCACUCAUUCCUAGAAACUUCAUUGCAAGAUCAUGUUUUUCUCUCUUUUCGGCCUUCUCUGGUUGCUGCUGCUUGUCUGGGUGCCUCCCGCAUCUACCUUGAGAUCUCUCCCCCGUGGACCAUACAGCUUCAACUGCUGACAUGUUAUUCCUGGGAACAGCUUGUUCCUUGCAUUGAACUCAUGCUUGGCAAAGUUCACAGUAAGGACCCCAGAAAAGAUACACAGGAAAAGGAUUCCCUGAGCCUGUUGCAACAGCAGCAGCAGCAAAUUAUGGAAAGCCUAAACCUCCAGACGCCAACUCAGGUGCUCUUCCAACAGCCACAGUACCACCCCCAGCCCUCAGCGGUCCUGUCACAGUUCUGUUCUCCGAUACAGGAUCUGUGCUCCGCUUAUCGGGACUCCCUGCAAGCUCCUCGAUCCAGUGGCCUCAGUUCAGGGAAUACUACGCUGAGCACUUAUUCUGCCCUGCAGGAUAAUUUCCAGCCUGUUUUGCAGACUAUGUCUCUCCAAAGGCCAAUCACGAUGCAGGUAGCCAUUUCGACAGAAUCCAGGCAUUGCCUCUCAUUGGUUUACGGCAGCAGCUACUUCAGCAGGCAUCACUCAUACACAGCAGGCUGUUUUGAUGGCUGAGCGCCUAUGUAAAAAGGGAGCCAGAGAGAGGCAGGAAGUUUUGCCAGGAAAAAAAAACACAGGGUUGGCACACACAAACCAGUUUACCCAUGUCACUAUCAGCAGGAUCUCCUCUAUGAAGAAAUGGCUGGACAAAAAAGCAGAUCCAACUCACAAAUGAAUUUUGAUUUCUCAGUACGUGUGCUUUGAAAAGAGGCAAGACUUUAAGAGAAAAAUGCAAAAAAUAUACCUCACCGCUUUCACACAGAUUUACCAGGCUUCAUUUUGAGGGAGGAAGACUUGGAAAAGCUUCUUCCAUAAGACAAACUUUUGCUGUAAGGUAACUUUCCUGUGGCACAUGUGAUGAGGUUUGCCAGGUGGAUGAUUGUAGUUUUUAGCCCUGGAACCUUCUAUUGGUGAUAAAAAGGCCAGUGCUUGUUACACUCACCUUGAUCUCUCUCUCUUUCUCUCUGGUGGAAUACUUUAUGAAGAAACUUCCUUGUUGCUUAUUGGAAGAUUCACACAGCAAUAUAUUAAACAUGAAAAUAGGGAGAAAAAUACUUGGAACUUUUUGAAUACAUUUAAUAGGUUAAGUACCAUUUGAGUUUCAUAUGUAUAGUAUUUUUAAUUGCCUUUUUUAAAGUACCUCUAGAUAUUUGAGAUGCUGCUGCCUUAUGUCACAAACAGUCAUUUGUUGAGAAAAUAUGGUUUACAAGUUAUAUCAGGGAUUAAUGUUUACUUGAAGAAGUCCAUUGUAAAGAAAAAUACUUAAAAUCCCUUAAUUUUUGAGGGAACUGCUGCCUUUUAUUAUAGGAUGUUAGGAAUUUGCAAUAUGACUUAGAAAAAUAGAGAAAAAUAUACAUAGAAGAACUCUUAAAAGAGAAAAGAACACUUAAAAGGUUCAAGAAUAAGGAAUGCAAGGUUAAUAGAAGGUGAUCAAACAACUGAAAACUUGCAUUCCUAAAAAGAUACUAACUGGAAUAAUACUAUAAAUAACUAUUGAGAUAGGUUGCCAUGCAAGUUAUUUUCAAGGCAAUGUGUAAAUCAACAUGACAAAGUAAAUAACAAUUCACUUUCAAUAUUAGCAUUUAAAGCAAGGAAUGAACCACAAUGAUAAAGAAAGCUAAUCUCUUUCUGCAAAUGCUGCUUUAGCACCUUAACUUAGUUCUUUCUAGCUGGACUCCAGAAUUGGGAAGUACUGUAGGUUUGGAAAAGAGGGGAGGGGUUAACAUUAGCAGAAAAUUGAUGGAAAUGGGUGGGCUACAAUACCAUGCCCCCACCACUGAUUUUCUUCUAAAAAUAUAGGUUUGACAACACAUUGCCAGGUUUUGCCUUGCCCCAGUGCUCCAAUAUAUAAACGUACUUUAGGAUCAUGGCCUUAAACAAUUUUAUAUGAUUAAGUUUUGUACUAGACUUGUGUGGCUCCAAUUUCAAGAUAUGUUGAAGGCGUCUACUACUGUGUGAAGUUGCUACUUGAUGUGGAGCUAUUGUCACUGAAUGACAGUAUUUUUUAUGGAAUGUUUCUCAGGAUUGCAAUAACACUAUGUGCAAUAUGCUUUUAUUCUAUUGAAUAUCUAGAGUUUGUGUUGAGAGUGCAGUGAUAAAAUGUUAUUUGUUCAUUUUGCUUUAAGUUAUAAUUUUCAGAGAGAAAGUGAAGAAUUUUUAACCGAAGAAGAGAUUGCUGCUUUUAAUGUAGGGGAGAAUGUUUCCUUUUUAUUGAAAAGUCUGGUGAGUCUGCUAAAGCCUGUUGCAGACCGGGCUUGUCCCGCUUUUGAUGACAACAUAUGUAGCAAGACAAAGUCGGAAAUAUUUUUGUAUGGAUUUUCUUUCCUUGUUAGAAACAUCUUCGUCAAAAAAAUAGUAGCUGGACUUGUACGUUACCUUUUAUGUAUUUCUAUAAAACUUUUUAACUACAACAUUUAAGCAGACAGUAGUCACUUAAUUGUGUAAAAACCACUGGAGAAGCUCAAGCUUAUAGAAUUUCGCCUGAUUAUUUCAUGAUGUCCU